GUGCCGAUGGAAUUUUAUUCUAAAUUGCCUAAAAUUGAACUGCACGCUCAUCUCAAUGGCUCGCUCAGCAACAGUACUCUUGCCAAGCUGCGCGAGUUGAAAUAUGGCAAAGCGGAUGCGGUCGUUAGUUGCGAUGAUGGGUUUUACAAAAUUCUCAACGGCGAAACGCUUUCUCUGGAGGAGUGUUUUAAAAAAUUUCAAUACGCACACGAUUUGACCGACUGCUGCGAAUCACUGGAAAUGGCCACUCGGCUGGUUAUAAAGGAGUUUGCCUUUGAUAACGUUGUAUAUCUUGAAAUGAGGACAACUCCCCGAUCGACGUGUAAUAUGUCCAAACGGGACUACUUAUCGACGGUGCUUAAUGUGAUGCGAAAUAUGUCCGUAUCUCACCCAACCAUUAUGGUAAAACUGUUACCAUCGAUCGAUCGGUCCAAGGGUAUCGUUGAAGCAGAAGAAAACGUCGCUUUAUCGAUUGAACUUGAUGCCUUGUUUCCUAACCUAAUCGUCGGUCUCGAUCUGAGCGGAAACCCUAUCGGAACCAAAUUUUCAGAUUUUGCCCCAUCGCUGCAGAAGGCACGAAAGCACGGAUUCAAACUGGCGUUGCAUUGCGGAGAGUUUGAAGAUGAACAAGAAGUGAGGGAAAUGUUCGCCAUUGGCGUUGAUCGCAUCGGACACGGCACGUUUAUUACUGGCGAAAAUCUUGAGUUUGCCGGAAAACACCAAAUUCCGUUCGAGUGUUGUCUAACGAGCAACGUCAAAUGCAAAACCGUUCCAUCGUACAAAGAGCACCACUUUGGCAAACUCCUAGAACGAAAUCAGCCCGUGUGUGUAUGCACGGACGAUUUUGGUGUGUUCGAAACGAGCCUCUCUCGAGAAUUGGAAAUUUGCGCCACAACGUUCAACCUUUCCAACGAACAAGUGUACGACCUUCAACAGAAAUCGGUAGACUUUACAUUCGCCACGGAAGAGGAGAAAAUUCAGCUGCGUAGAACGUUGAAUCAAUUUAAAGCUCAAAUGGUUGAUUUCUGAUACUACUAUCGCAGAGGACUUGGUGCAUUGUAAAACACUUUAACGUCACACAAUAUGUUCAUAAUUGUAAGUUUCGUGUAGAGGAUUAGUCGACACACCAUCACUCAUAAACCUAAUCCUACAACCUAAUCCACAACGCCUUUAAAGCUGCUAAAAAGGCGUUGAAGCAGAAGAUCGCGCAAAAAGGAGGGCUACAACCGCCUCCCUAGAGAAGCCGAGUUGCAUC